AUGAGACGGACGGACUGCCCCUGGGGGACGAGACGACAAUGCAGAGCUGCUUUCCAUGCAAGAGGUGUAAGCGUGUGGGGUCUGAUAGUUCAUCUUCCAAGCAGCCCCGUUGAAGAGGCUGCAGAUCGCAGCCCCGCCUCACUUUCCUCCCUCUCCUCCCUUCACCUCUGCCUCUUGCACCUCUGCCUCUUGCACCUCCCCCCUCUCCUCCCCAUCACCCCUCCUCUCUCUGCUCUCCAACACCACACUCUUCCGUCCCCUUCACCCGCACUAUCACUCUCACCUCCCCCUCGCUUCCCCCCUCACCUUCCCCGCACUUCCCCCCUCACCUCCCCCUCGCUUCCCCCCUCACCUCCCCCGCACUUCCCCCCUCACCUCCCCCUCGCUUCCCCCCUCACCUCCCCCGCGCUUCCAACCCCACCUACCCCGCGCUUCCCCCCUCACCUCCCCCGCGCUUCCCCCCUCACCUCCCCCGCUCUUCCCCCCCCCACCUCCCCCGCGCUUCCCCCCCCACCUCCCCCGCGCUUCCCCCCCCCCACCUCCCCCGCGCUUCCCCCCCACCUCCCCCGCGCUUCCCCCCCUCACCUCCCCCGCGCUUCCCCCCCCACCUCCCCCGCGCUUCCCCCCCCCACCUCCCCCGCGCUUCCCCCCCCCACCUCCCCCGCGCUUCCCCCCCACCUCCCCCGCGCUUCCCCCCCCACCUCCCCCCGCGCUUCCCCCCCCACCUCCCCCGCGCUUCCCCCCUCACCUCCCCCGCACUCCCCCCCUCACCUCCCCCGCUUUCCCCCCCUCACCUCCCCCGCACUCCCCCCUCACCUCCCCCGCACUCCCCCCCUCACCUCCCCCGCGCUUCCCCCCCCACCUCCCCCGCGCUUCCCCCCUCACCUCCCCCGCACUCCCCCCCUCACCUCCCCCGCUUUCCCCCCUCACCUCCCCCGCACUCCCCCCCUCACCUCCCCCGCACUCCCCCCCCCACCUCCCCCGCGCUUCCCUCCCCACCUCCCCCGCGCUUCCCCCCCCACCACCCCCGCGCUUCCCCCCUCACCUCCCCCGCGCUUCCCCCCCCACCUCCCCCGCGCUUCCCUCCCCACCUCCCCCGCGCUUCCCCCCCCACCUCCCCCGCGCUUCCCUCCCCACCUCCGCGUGGAACUCUUGGAACUCGCGCGCGCGGCAGCGCUUGAGGAGCCACGGGGUGGCGCCGUCGCGCGGGUCCACGCCCUUGAACAGCACGCGGUAGCCCUCGCCCACCAGCAACUGCGGUGCCCAGUGCUCCCCGUUCUCCUCCGCGUGCCUCCCGUUCAACCAUUCCCAUUCCCGUUUCCGUCUCUUCCUCGCCUUCCCUCGUUUCCCUCUCUUCUCUCCCUUCCUUCGCUUCCCAAUCUUCCCUCCCUUCCCUCGUUUCCCUCUCGUCCCUCCCUUCCUGAGUUUCCCUCUCUUCUCUCCCUUCCCGCGGUUCCCUCUCUUCCCUCCCUUCCCUCGUUCCCUCUCUGCCCUCCCUUCCCUUGUUUCCCUCUCUUCCCUCCCUUCCCUCGUUUCCCUCUCUUCCUCCCCUUCCCUCGUUUCCCUCUCGUCCCUCCCUUCCUGAGUUUCCCUCUCUUCUCUCCCUUCCCGCGGUUCCCUCUCUUCCCUCCCUUCCCUCGUUCCCUCUCUGCCCUCCCUUCCCUUGUUUCCCUCUCUUCCCUCCCUUCCCUCGUUUCCCUCUCUUCCUCCCCUUCCCUCGUUUCCCUCUCUUCCUCGCCUUCCCUCGUUUCCCUCUCUUCUCUCCCUUCCCGCGGUUCCCUCUCUUCCCUCCGUUCCCUCGUUUCCCUCUCUUCCCUCCUUCCCUCGGUUCCCUCUCUUCCCUCCCUCCCCUCGGUUCCCUCACUAUCCUCCCUUCCCUCGAUUCCCUCUCUUCCUCCCCUUCCCUCGUUUCCCUCUCUUCCUCGCCUUCCCUCGUUUCCCUCUCUUCUCUCCCUUCCCGCGGUUCCCUCUCUUCCCUCCCUUCCCUCGUUUCCCUCUCUUCCCUCCCUUCCCUCGUUUCCCUCUCGUCCCUCCCUUCCUGAGUUUCCCUCUCUUCUCUCCCUUCCCGCGGUUCCCUCUCUUCCCUCCCUUCCCUCGUUCCCUCUCUGCCCUCCCUUCCCUUGUUUCCCUCUCUUCCCUCCCUUCCCUCGUUUCCCUCUCUUCCUCCCCUUCCCUCGUUUCCCUCUCUUCCUCGCCUUCCCUCGUUUCCCUCUCUUCUCUCCCUUCCCGCGGUUCCCUCUCUUCCCUCCCUUCCCUCGUUUCCCUCUCUUCCCUCCCUUCCCUCGUUUCCCUCUCUUCCCUCUGGUUCCCUCCCCUCCCUCCUUUCCCUCCAACCCCUCUCUUCUCCCCCUUCUCCCCAUUCCGUCCCUUCUCUCCCUGCUUGCAUUCAGAAUCUCUCCUUUUCCUCCCUCCCCUCCCGUCUCUCCCUUCCCUCCCUUCUCUCCCUUCCCUCCCUUCUCUCUCUUCCCUCCCUUCCCUCCCUUCCCUCCCUUCCCUCCCUUCCCUCCCAAAACUCCCUUCCCUCCCUUCCCUUCCUUCCCUCUUACCCUCUCUUCCCUCCCUUAUCAACCUUCCCUUUCUUCCCUCUCUUUCCUCCCUUCCCUCCCCUCCCUCCCUUCCCCCUCUUCCCUCCCUGCGAUCUCUUUCUUCUCUUCUCCCCCCCCCCCCCCCCCCCCCCCCCCCCCCCACCUUCUCCUCCAUCCCUCAGCACGGCCCCCAUCAGCGCCAAAAAAUUAG